GAUCUCAAAGAGGGGAGCUCGCAAGGGCACUUCCUACCGGCAUUUUCUUUUUUUGUAAUGUCUAAACAGAACUAGCAGUCAUUUAAAAUAUAAGUGUUACACGUGAAACGAUGAUUAUUAUAGACCAUUGAUUUAGCUCUUACUAUCCACCAAUCAGAUCUUAUGUUCAUAGAAGAUUACCUUGAAGAUGAUGAGGAACCACCUUCGCUGCUCAGCUCUUGUCCUUCUCUCCCUCCUUGGCCUGCGAGGGGCGCUGGCAACGCAGUGUGGGUGGGGGAAGGUCCUGACCAGCGAGGGGUGUGUCUGUCUGCAGUGUCCAGUGGGUCAGGAGCCCAGCAAGGCCUGCGGGCAAGCUGAAGGCCCAGAGGAAGUGGUGAGGUGCCAGGCUUGUUCAGCAGGCACCUUCUCGGACACCUACGAUUCAGACCUGUGCAGACCCCACACCUCGUGUGCAGCCCUCAACCGCCUCCUGAUGAGUCCCGGUAGCACAGAGAGGGAUGCCACCUGCGGAGAUUGCAUGCCUGGAUUCUACUCUGCUGCUAAGGAGAAGUCCUCCAGCCCAGACAGCUGUGUGAGACUGAUCCCACGCCCGCUGGUGCGCGUGCUGAGGAACGUGGGAAAGGGCGUGGCGCGGGGGACGGGCAGAGGGCCGGCCAACGCCACCAACGUGCGCAGCGCGGAGGAGAAGAACACGGAGUACGCCGUCUUCGCGCUGGUGCCCAUCUUCUGCGUCAUGGGCCUGCUGGGUAUCCUCAUCUGCAACAUCCUGAAGAAGAAGGGCUACCACUGCACCGCGGAGAAGGAGGGCGGAGACGAGGAGGCGCCCACGCCCCAGAAAGAGGGUAACUCUGGCCCGUACAUUGUGGAUGACCCCAAUGAAGACACCAUCAGCGUGCUGGUGCGCCUCAUCACUGAGAAAAAAGAGAACGCCGCUGCUCUGGAGGAGCUGCUGCUGGAGUACGAGAGCAAACAGAUGUCCAUCAGCAAAGCCUCUUCCAUCAAGUUCCCGGUACUGCCCCAUCUGCCCCACCAGUUCCGCUCCCUGCCCCGGCUCUGCCCCCACCAGCACCACCUGCACACCAUCAACGGGCUGGCCCCCCGGGCGGGCAACGGGUCCUGCUGCUCCCGCUGCAGCCAGAAGAAGUGGCCCGAGCUGCUGCUGCCACCCAUCGACACCCACAAAACCACCACCGUGGGCGGCAAGAACCCCCUGCCCGGGGAGGUCACCAUUUUGUCUGUGGGCAGGUUCCAGGUGGCCCAGAUUCCAGAACAGAAGGCCCUGCCCGCGGAGCUGACCCCCCCGGAGUCCAGCGACACAGACUCGGUGGACACGUCCCACACGGAGGCUGCGGACGAGAAGUCCCUCCUGGGCGUGUCCUCCCUCUCUUCCUCCUCCACAUGGACGAAGAGCAAGCAGGAGGACCGAAAGUUUGUCAUAAGACUGGGAGAAACCAAUCUUGUCAUCUGAAAGGUGAACAGCUAAUCAGACAAAGAAAGGCAUGCUGGGAGAUGACUCUACCUACCUGGGCAGCAUGGGCAUUUGACCGGGCGAGGAGAGGAGUGGGCUGCGAGGGGACCCUCAAAGGCAGAGCCUGGCAACCUGGAAUGGGGGACCCCUGGCUGUGCACUGCAGUGUGUUAAUUACAUAUUUAUUCAAAAAUAAUAAUUAUCAUAUCAUAAGAAACAAUUCGCUUCAGGUUCAGUAGAGGAGAAGAAAGACUGAACAAAGCAAUAUUGCCUGCUACAUUAGUGCUUCCCAAUGACACUAGUCCAGGCCUUGACCUGUGGUAGUGAACUGUGACACCACCUGCACCAUGUGUAAAAUUACACCACUACAGCCAUGACACCCUGCAUGCCAGCAAGCUCUACAAAGUAUUACAGAAACAGAGCUGCAGACAAAAUUUGUCUUUCAAUCAUGAUUUUUCAAAAAUCUACUUUUAGACACUUUCACCUUUUUUGAAUUCCAGUUAUGACCAGCAGAAUUGUGGGCAUUUUCACAAUGUGGAAUGUAAUCUAAUGCUAGUUGUGAUGAGGUUUGUAUUCACAAUGAAAUAAUCAAUAUUGGCAGUGUAU